GGACCUCUUUCAACCACCACCGGCUGGCGGUGGUGCGGAUCCAAACAAAUCGCCCCAAACGGGGUCACUGUCGCUUGGGAAAAAUAAGUCCGUCUCCUCGCUGAAGAUGGAAAAGAAUGCUUCCAACUUGAAUCUAAAUGGACACAACAGUGGCACAAGCACCAGUGGUCUUGUCAGCAAUUCGAAUAACACUAAUCACAGCAGCAAUACAAGCGUCAGCGCAGGCACGUAUCGUCUGCUACUUCAGCAAUUGGGCAAUCUAUCGGCCCGAUGUCGGACGCUACACGAUCGACGACAUCCCGGCGGAGAUGUGCACCCACAUCAUCUACUCGUUCAUCGGUGUCGAUGACAGCAACUAUCAGGUGCUGGUAAUCGAUCCGGAAAUCGAUCUGGAGCAGAGUGGGUUCCGCAACUUUACUGAGCUGCGGCAGAAGUUCCCGAACGCCAAAUACCAGAUUGCGGUCGGCGGUUGGGCCGAAGGGGGCAAGAAGUACUCGGAAAUGGUGGCGGUUAAGGAGCGACGCCAGUCCUUCAUCGCGAGUGUGGUGCAGUUUAUGAAGGUGUACAACUUCGACGGUUUCGACCUGGACUGGGAGUACCCGGGAGCGGCAGACCGUGGCGGUAGCUUUGGGGAUAAGGAUAAGUUUUUCUACUUCGUCGAGGAACUACGGCGUGCGUUCGAUCGCGAGGGACGCGGAUGGGAGAUAACGAUGGCGGUACCGGUGGCCAACUUCCGUUUGCAGGAAGGAUACCAUGUGCCUGAGCUGUGCGAGAACCUCGAUGCCAUCCACUGUAUGACGUACGAUCUGCGAGGCAACUGGGCAGGGUUUGCCGACGUUCACAGUCCACUGUACAAACGGCCACACGAUCAGUGGGCAUACGAGAAGCUGAAUGUGAAUGACGGUGUUCAACUGUGGGUCAAUUAUGGCUGUCCACCCAACAAACUGGUUGUUGGUGUUCCAUUUUACGGACGAACCUUUACGAUGAGUGCCAGCACUACAAAUCCUAUGCUUGGAUCGUACAUCAACAAGGAAGCAGGCGGUGGAGAUCCAGGACCGUACACGAAUGCGACUGGGUUUUUGGCGUACUACGAGAUAUGUACGGAGGUCCAGGAUGAGGAGAAAGGGUGGACCAAGAAAUGGGACGACGUUGGACUAUGUCCGUACACCUACAAGGGAACACAGUUUGUGGGAUACGAGGACGAGAGGUCGCUCCAGCACAAGAUGGACUGGAUCAAGCAGAAGGGAUAUGCUGGUGCUAUGACGUGGGCAAUCGAUAUGGACGACUUCCACGGUUUGUGUGGUCCGGAGAAUGCACUGAUGAAGGUACUGUACGACAACAUGAAGGAUUACGUUGUGCCCGAACCGACAGUGACCACCACACCCAGGCCGGAAUGGAAUCGACCACCCUCGACAAUGUCGUCGGAAGGAGAUCAACCAUCGCAACGUCCCACAACUACCACCAGCAAACCAAGACCUACAACAACGGCAACCGCGACCACUAGAACUACACGGCGAACGACAACAACCACGCGGAAGCCUACCACUAUUCUUCCACCGGCCCCCACAGACUCGGAAGAGGACAGAGAACCAAUGCCGAUAGAACCAUCCGUACCCGAGCACGAGGAUGAGUCCGAGAUCGAUUGCUCUGGCUAUAAAGAUUUUGUUCCCUCGGCGGACUGCACCAAGUACUAUCGCUGUGUGCACGGACAGCCGGUAGAGUUUGUCUGCAAGCCUGGUACCGUAUUCCACACCGCGCUGAACGUAUGCGACUGGCCGGAGAACGCUGACCGACCGGAAUGUCGCACCAAGGCGAAGCUGAUCGAACCACUGGCCGAUGAAUAUGGGUUAACAGUGCUCCAGGUGAUCACUUGUGCUCGUGCUAACAGAUUACUCACACGGAUGGCUUCCCGAGGCACUUUACUGAUAUCGCUGCUGGUUGCGUUCCUGCUGGUGGAGCAGCGCCACUGUCGACUGAUUUGUCACUACACGACCUGGUCCCAGGGUAGGGCCAAUCCGUAUUCCUACCGCAUCGAAGACAUCCCGGGCGAUCUUUGCACGCACGUGGUGUACAACUUUGUCGGCGUUGACAUCGAGGAGUACGAGCUGGCGUUGCUACAGCGCGAAAUCGAUGUGGUGCAAAACGGAUUCGGACGCUUUGUCGAUCUGAAGCAACGGUUUCCCGAUCUGAAGAUGUACGUUGCGGUCGGUGGGUGGGACCAUGGCGGUGAACCCUUCAGCAAAAUGGCCGCGUACCGGAAUCGCCGCAAAAAGUUCGUGGACAGUGUGGUGAAGUUUAUGGCACGGUAUGGAUUUGAUGGGAUUGAGCUGGUGUGGCUAUACCCGGGCAGCGUGGAGCGUGGCGGUACGAACAACGAUAAGGACAAUUUCGUGUAUCUGGUGGAUGAUUUGAAGACGGCAUUCCUGAAGGCUCGGCAAUCGUGGGAGGUCGCCAUACAGGUGCCAGCUGAUCAUACGCGAUAUGAAGUGGGCUACGAUCAGGGUCUGCUUUGCGAGAGUGCUGACUACGUGCAUAUAGCGGGGUACGAUCUGCGUGGCUCCUGGACCGGAUUCGCCGAUGUGCACAGUCCACUGAAGGAUCGCUCCCACGACCAAGGCAUUUACAAAGGGCUGAACGUGCAGGACGGUGUUGAAUCGUGGCUGAGGAGUGGUUGCGCCCCGAAUAGGGUCAUUCUUGGCGUACCCUUUCUCGGUCGGACGUACGUGCUACAGAAUAGCAAGCAGAACGGUUUGGGAUCGCCGACCAGCGGCCCGGGACCGAAGGGUCAGCACACGUACAGUGCCGGAUACCUGGGAUACUUUGAGAUCUGUCCAAAGCUAAAGCAAAGCGGUUGGCGCACGUUUUUCGAUUCGGUUGGCCAGUGUCCGUACGCUUACAGGGGUAACCAGUGGAUUGGGUACGAGAACGAAAGCUCGCUGAAAGAAAAGGUAGCAUUUGCCAACAGCAAAGGGUUGGCCGGUGUUUAUGCCUUUUCGCUGGAUCUGGACGAUUACCGGGGUACGUGUGGCGAACCGUACCCUCUCAUGAACACGUUAGCUAACUUGCUAAAGAAAAAGCACGACACUGAUAUAGUGUUUGCCUUUGAGCGUGGCGAUAAGAAGUGAUCGGCGCAAGGAGGUGUUUCAUUUUUUUUAAAGACGGGUAAAUGUGUUUUAAAUGACGAAAGGGAUUAUUUUUACAAAACCUCUAAUAGUGUGUUCCUAUUACGAGCAUUAGUUUAGUGUACACAACAUAUUAUUUAUUACAA